UUGCGAUGAGUGGCCACAGUUAAAUAAAAUAAAAAUAAUUCAUAGAACUGUGUCAAACACUGGGAAUAAUAAAUAUCAAUAUUAUAAUUAAUAAAUUGAUAAAUAAAAUGUCACGUUAUUUAUUAAUAUUAUUAUUAUUGAUAUUUAACAUAAAAAAUUUAUCAUGUUUUUAUGAUGAUAAUUUGCGUUCAAAUGAUACUACUGAUUAUUAUCAAACAGGAAGUGAAAAAAUAAAAAAUAAUAAACCAUUUAAAAGAUAUUUAAAAACAAUGAAAAAUAAUGAAAAUUAUAAUUUUCAAAAAAUUGAUAUUUUAUCAAAUUCAUUGAGAAAUCAUAUUGAUAAUUUUCGUAAUGACUCAGAUAUGAUGGAUAUUGUUUUUUUAAUUGAUGCAUCAUCAUCAGUUGGCCAUGAUAAUUUUCAAAGUGAAUUAAAUUUUGUAAGAAAAGUAUUAUCAGAUUUAAGUAUUGAUGAAACAUCAACAAAAAUAGCCAUAAUAACAUUUGCUGGUAAAAGAAUGAUUAUUAAAAAUAUUGAUCAAAUAAGUAAAAAUAAUUAUCAUGGUAAUAAAUGUACAUUAUUAAAUGAAGAAUUAAAUAAUAUUAAUUAUACCGGUGGUGCAACAUAUACACGUGGUGCACUUUUAGAAACACUUAAAAUAUUAAAAAAUAGUCGUGAGAAUGCAAAAAAAGUUGUAUUUUUAAUAACUGAUGGAUUUAGUAAUGGUGGUGAUCCAAAACCAGUAUCAAUAUUAUUAAAAAAUAUUGGUACAACAAUAUUAACAUUUGGCAUAAGAACUGGUAAUGUUGAAGAGCUUGAUUAUAUAUCAACUCAACCUGGACAUACACACAGUUAUUUUCUUGAUAGUUUUAAAGAAUUUCAAGUAUUGGCUCAUCAUGCACUUCAUCAUGAUCUUCAAGUAGGAAAAUAUAUUCGUUUAAAAUCUAAAAAAUCAUGUCAACAACUUUGUAGUUCUUUAAAUGUAAUUGUUGAUAAUAAUAACAAAACAAUUGAUGAUUGUUGUGAUAAAAUAGCAGACUGUACUUGUGGUAGUACUAGUGGUCAUUUAGCUUGUCUCUGUCCAACUGGUUAUUAUGGAUCUGGUCUACAAGGCUCUUGUCAUCCAUGUCCAAAUGGAACAUAUGGCCAAGUAGAAAUAUCUGGAGAUUCAUCAGAACAUUGUGUCUCUUGUCCCAAUGUUAAUCAUGUUACUUUAAAAAUACCAGCAAUUUCUGCUGAUGAUUGUGUAUGUGGUUUUGGAUAUACAACAAAUGGAUCCAACUGUGAAGCAAUAACAUGUCCAAAAUUAAUAGUACCAGAAAAUGGUUAUUUAGUUAAAUCAAAUUGUAAUAAUGCUGUUAAUGCUGCUUGUGGAUUAAGAUGUAAAAUUGGCUUUCGUCUUGUUGGUAAUAGCAUAAAACUUUGUCGAAUUGAUGGAACAUGGUCAGGAAUCGAAACUCAAUGUCUUUUAAAAACAUGUCCAAUUAUUCGUGCACCAACACAUGGUCAAAUUGAAUGUCAACAUGAUGAUGAUAAUAAUAAUUAUAAUAUUGAAAUAACAAAUUCUGAAUCAUUGGCAUUUCCAAUUGAUACACAGUGUAAAUUUAAAUGUGAUCAUGGCUAUCAACUUCUUGGAAGUAAAUUUAGAAAUUGUCUUCCAGUAUCACGUUGGGAUGGUUUAAAAGUCAGCUGUAAACAAAUUAAAUGUGAACCAUUAAAACCAUUUGAAAAUGGUAAAAUAAUACCAGAAAUUUGUACUGGAAAUAAAAAAUUAAAUUUUGGUACAAAUUGUACGAUAACUUGUUUAAAUGGUUUUACUCUUGAAGGACCAGCUAAAAGAAAAUGUGGUGGUAAUCGUGGUCUAUGGAGUCAUCGAAAAGUUAUCAAUCAAUGUAUUGAUAAAGUACCACCGGUAAUUGUAUGCCCAAAAAAUUCAGUAUGGAAAACAGUUGAUGGAAAAAAAUAUUCACUUCCAACAUGGUUAACACCAACAGCAACUGAUAAUUCUGGAAAAGAACCAAGUAUAUGGAUAAAACCACAUUUAGUAUUACCUUGGAAAUCAAAAAUUGGUUUUCAUACAAUAACAUAUAUUGCUCAAGAUGCAAGUGGCAAUAAAGCCAAGUGUAGAUUUAUCAUCACAACAAUUGACAAAGAACCACCGACAAUUGAAAACUGUAAAGAUCCACCAAUUUUUCAAAGUACAAAUUCAAAAGGUGCUGAAAAUGUCACGUGGGAUGAGCCAAGAUUUUAUGAUAAUUCAGAAAAAAAAGUACUGGUAACAAAAAAUUAUGAGCUUGAUAGUUUUUUUCCAAUUGGACAUACUCAAAUUAUUUACAAUGCAAUAGACUCGAGUGACAAUAAAAUAAAUUGCAUUAUAAAUAUAACUGUUGAAAAUAGUUGUAAAAAUCAUCCAGUUAUUUCAAAUGGACAAACAAAUUGUCAUGAAAAUAAUGAUGGAAUAAUUAAAUGUGUUGUUAAAUGCAACGAGGGAUUCAUUUUUGAUAAUCCAAUUGACAAUGAAGAAAUAAUACUUACUUGUGAUACAAAAACAGCUUGGAAUAAUUCCCAUACAGCAUCUUGUUCACGGAUCGAAUAUCCAACGUCAUUUGAAUUUGGUGGAAGUGUUUAUUUAGACUCAAAAAAUAAUUCAAUUUGUCAUGAUGAAAAGUUAAAUAAUCAUGUAAAUUAUGAUAUCGAAAAAAAGCUAAUAAAUUUAUGUGAAAAAAAUGGAGUUAAUUGUCAAUCAUUAAAGAGUCAACUGCUCAAUUGUUCUCUGAUAAAAAAAAUAAGAAAUAAAAGAUUAACAACAAAUCAAUAUAAUGAUACAAAAAUUAAAAAAAUUUGUGAAAAAGGUAAAAUAAUAAGAAAAAAUAAAUGUAUUAAAUGUCAAGCUGGUACAUUUCAUAAUUUAACAAAAAAUAUUUGUCAAGCUUGUUCAUUAUCAGAGUAUCAGGAUAAACCAUCAUCAAUAAUUUGUCAAAAAUGUCCAGAUAAAAUGUCAACAAAACGUACUCGUUCAGCAAAUAAAAAUGAUUGUAUUGCAAUAUGUCAACCAGGUAAAUAUUCGAGAAAAAAAUAUCACAAAGAUCAAAAAUAUUCAAUGGAACCAUGUCACAUGUGUGACAUUGGUUUUUACCAAUCAAAUUAUGGUAAAUAUCAAUGUCAAUCAUGUCCAAAAAAAACAACAACAUUAUAUCGUGGAUCAACAAGUAUUCAGCAUUGUAUUCCAAUUGAAAAUAUAAAUUUUUGUCAUUCAGAAUCAUGUCUCAACAAUGGAAAAUGCAUCAACGAAUAUUCUGGAUUUUCUUGUGAAUGUUCUGAUAGAUUUAUUGGCUCUAGAUGUGAAAAGUUACGUAAUUACUGUGAUUCAUCACCUUGUCUAAAUGAAGGUACUUGUAUACCAAAUGAAAAUAAUAAUUUAAAUAAUUAUUAUACUUGUAAAUGUAAAGACAAUUAUUCUGGUGAUAAUUGUGAAAUUUAUAUUGAUGAAUGUACAUCAAAUCCAUGCUUAAACAAUGCCACUUGUAUCAGUAGUGAUAAUGAUUUUUUUUGUAAUUGUACUGAUGAUUUUACUGGUGAAAAUUGUGAAAUUCCAUUGAAUCCUUGUCAAGCUGGUAUUUGUGAACAAGGCUCAACAUGUCUAACAACAAUAAAUGGAACCUGGUAUUGUCAAUGUAAACCAGGAUCAUUAGGUCGUCAUUGUGAAUUAUUACCUUGUGACUGGUUACCAUGUCAUCCAAAUGCAAUUUGUAUAAAUAUUAUGGAUCAAAAAACAACAAUAAAUAGUUACAAAUGUGAGUGUCCAUUGGGUUAUGAAGGUGAUGAUUGUACAAUUAAAAUAAAUCACUGUAAAAAAUUACCAUGUCAAAAUGAUGGUAUUUGUUUAAACAAUUUGCAUAAUUAUACAUGUCAAUGUCAAUUAGCUUUUGAUGGUAUUAAUUGUCAAGAAAAACUUACGUCUGAUUAUUUAAUAAAUUUCGAUAAACCUGGAAUAACAGAUUAUGUGUUAAUACCUGGUCCAAAAUAUAAUUUAACAGAAUUUACAAUUUGCCUGUGGCUUCAAUCAACUGAUAAAUUUAAUUAUGGUACUAUUUUUUCAUAUGCAACUGAUAAUCAAGACAAUGAAAUAACACUUAAUGACUAUAAUGGUCUAGUGUUUUAUAUAAAAGGUCAACGUAUUAUAACUGACAUUAUAUUAAACAAUGGACAAUGGUAUUUUUUAUGUGUCACUUGGGAAUCAUCAAGGGGCACCUGGUUUAUUUAUGUCAAUGGUAUUAUUCGUGAGAGUGGAAUUGACUUUUUAAAAGACCAAAAAAUACAAGCUAAUGGUAGUAUUGUCAUUGGACAAGAACAAGAUACUUUAAAUGGUAAAUUUUCAUCAUCAGAAUCAUUUAUUGGUAACAUAACACUUCUUGAUAUUUUUAAUACAACAUUGACGGAUGAAAAAAUUAAAUAUCUCACAAAUACUUGUGAUGAUUAUUAUGGUACAUUGAUACCAUGGUCAUCAAUUCAAAAAUUUAUCAAAGGAAAUAUUAAAAUAUUAAAAAGUACAUUUUGUCAUGAUUGUUUGAUACCAUUAAAUUAUCCAUCAAAUUUUAUCAUCAAUAUAACUAAUGAUAAAUCUGAAUUACAUAUUUCUUGUCAAACUGGCUAUAAAAUUGCAUACAAUAAUGAUAAUUAUAAGCAUUAUAAAAAAAAAUGUCUUAAAAAUGGUAGCUGGGAAAGCUAUGAUGAUAUUAUUUGUCAAAAAAUUUAUUGUGGACAUCCAGAAUAUAUUAAUAAUGGUCAAAUAAAUGGACAAUCAUUUUAUCAUGAUGAUUUGAUAACAUACACUUGUGAUGAAGGUUUUAAUAUUUAUGGUAAUAAUAGCAGAGUGUGUAAUGAUGAUGGUAAUUGGAGUGGUAAAUCACCAUCUUGUAUUGGUGUUAUUUGUAAUGACAUUGGAAUGAUUGAUAAUGGUGAAAUUAAAAUAAUUGAUAAACAAUUGAUGGCUAAUGAUGACAGUGAGAAUUUAAAAAUAAUUCAAGCUGGACAAAGUAUUGAAUUUAAUUGUCAUAUGGGAUUCAAAUUAAUUGGUAAUAAUACAUUAACUUGCAAUGAAAGUGGUCAAUGGAAUUUUGAUAAACCAAUUUGUUAUCCAGUUGGUUGUUUGACACCAAAAAUACCAUCUCAUUCAUCAAUAAAUAUUAGCCUUGAUUUAACAGAAAAACCACUUGAUGUAUAUGAAUUUAAUGAUAUUUUAGAAAUUUUUUGUGACAAUGGAUUUAAGUUUGAUGUUGAUGAUAAUCAAUCAGAGUAUGAAUAUUUAAAAUGUCAUGAAAAUGGUAGUUGGAUUGGUUCAAUACCAAAUUGUAUACCUUUACGAUGCCCAUUGCCAAAUAUUACAAAUGGAAUUAUUAAAAAUAUACCUGAAGAAACAGUACCAGGUGAAAAAUUAAAAAUUGAAUGUCAUGAUGGCUAUGAAUUACAUAAUAAUACAAAUAUAUACUGUGAAGAAACAGAAAAAUGGUCACAAGAAAUACCAAUAUGUAUUAUUAAAAAAUGUCAAAAUAUAACUAGUCAUAUAAUUGCUGGAUUAUUUGUUGCAAAAUCAAAUAUUAAUAAUAAUAAUUUGAAUAAUUAUAGACUUGCAAUUAUUGGUGAUAAAUAUAAUGACAAGUUAAUUCUUCAUUGUGUUAAUGAAGAUAAUAACUUUGUAUUUAAUUUAACAAAUGGUUUGAUAAAAAAAUAUCAUGAAAUAAUGUGGAUUUGUGAUGAAAAUGGUAAUUGGAUGUUACAAGAUAUUCAUUUAAAUGAUGAAGAAUUAAAAGAAUUAUUAGUGGUAGAGAAUUUGUGUAGUGGUGUUACAUGUCAACCACCAAUACUUUCAACAAAUGUCAUUUUAAUUGAUAAAAAUAAUAGUAGUGUUAAUAAAGAAACAACAAUAUGGAAAAUUAAUUCAACUGUCAAGUAUAAAUGUAAAAAUGGAUUUAUACUUGAGGGUGUUGAUGUAUCAACAUGUAUGUCAACUGGACUUUGGUCUGGUUUUGCACUUUGUCGACCAGGAAAUUGUACAGAUCCAUUAAAACUUCAAAAUGCUGAAACUAUUGCUAAUGGUAAUUAUCAAAUUGGAAAAAUUAUACAAUACAAAUGUUUGCCUGGACAUAGACUUGUUGGUCAAGGUACAUCCGAGUGUCUUGCCAAUGGUAAAUGGUCAAUAAUACAAGGAAGAUGUCCACGUAUUUCAUGUGGUAAACCAAGUGUUUCUAGUAACAUUACACUUAGUGGUAAAUCAUAUCUUUAUCAAGAACAAUUGACAUUCAAAUGUCAGCAUAGCAAUUUGAUCAAAAAAAUUACUUGCAUGGCUAAUGGAAAAUGGAGCAAAUUACCAUCCUGUAAUUAAUAUUCUUUUAAUAAUAAUAAUAAGAAUAAAAAUAUGGUAUUUUUAGUUUAAUUAAAAGCACUGGAUAUUUUUUUUUUUUUCUUUGUUUAUUUAAAAAAAAAAAAACAAAAAAAAGAAACAAAUUUGGAUUUACAUGAUUUAUUUACUCACUUCUUUCGUACUUC